AUGAAAAAAAUUUUAACAGCGUAUCUUGAUACAGUAGAAGAAAUAUUAAAUGAUGAUAAUAUUUUAUUUAAUGUGAAAUCAGCUGAAGAAGAGGAAGAGAAAGAAGAGGAGAAAGAAAUAAAAGUAGAUGAAAGUUUUAUAGAAGAUAUAAAUAUAGAUAAUAAAUGA